GACAGUAGAUGGCAGCAGCCCAAGAAAGCUGAUCCCGUCGGGUUCACCACUACUCUGCCUCUCAGUUGUGCAGCAGCACUCGCACUGGAGGCAGCGGUGGUUUGAGGGACGUCCAAUGAAACAGAAGAGCCGCCAGCUGCUCCUUUCGACUUUUACGCGUAGCCUGUCCUCCACACCCGGAGACAGCACGUUCUGAAUCCGCCAUGGAAGACAAAUCCAAUUCGUUCUCGAGCAACAAAGAAGAGAAAGCGGAUGGGAAUAAUGUGUUCCAGAGGCAAGACUCGAUCUUGAAGAACAGCAUGGGGAGCCAGAACAUGAAAGACCACGGCAACUCAGUGGGUGCAAAGGGGGACCGGGAAGAAGCCAUGGUCGGGUUUGACGAUAUGGACGCAGCAUCCAGGCAGUCCGGGUUUAUGCAGCGGCAAUUUGGAGCCAUGAUGCAGCCCGGGGUGAAUAAGUUCUCCUUGCGGAUGUUCGGGAGUCAGAAAGCCGUGGAGAAAGAGCAGGAGAGAGUGCAGACGGCUGGAUAUUGGAUCAUUCACCCCUAUAGUGAUUUUAGGUUCUACUGGGACUUGAUAAUGCUCAUCAUGAUGAUGGGGAAUCUAAUUAUCAUUCCUGUGGGAAUAACCUUCUUUUCUGAGCAAACCACCACCAGCUGGCUCAUCUUCAACGUGGCCUCGGACACCAUCUUCCUGGUGGAUCUGGUCAUGAACUUCCGAACGGGAAUUGUGAACGAGGAGAGCUCAGAGAUCAUCCUGGACCCAAAGGUCAUUAAGAUGAACUACCUGAAGAGCUGGUUCGUGGUAGACUUCCUGUCCUCCAUCCCGGUGGAUUAUAUCUUUCUUAUAGUGGAGAAAGGCUUCGAUUCGGAGGUCUACAAGACGGCCCGAGCUCUGCGUAUCGUACGCUUCACCAAAAUCCUCAGCUUGCUCCGUCUUCUCAGGCUUUCACGCCUCAUCAGAUACAUCCACCAGUGGGAGGAGAUUUUUCACAUGACGUAUGACCUGGCGAGUGCAGUGGUAAGAAUCUUUAACCUGAUUGGCAUGAUGUUGUUGCUGUGUCACUGGGACGGAUGCCUGCAGUUUCUGGUACCUCUCCUGCAAGACUUCCCUCCUGAUUGCUGGGUGUCGCUAAACGGUAUGGUUAACGACUCCUGGGGAAAGCAGUACUCUUACGCCCUAUUUAAGGCCAUGAGUCACAUGUUGUGCAUCGGGUAUGGAGCCAGAGCGCCCGUCAGCAUGUCGGACCUUUGGAUCACCAUGCUAAGCAUGAUUGUGGGCGCCACCUGUUACGCCAUGUUCGUGGGUCACGCCACAGCCCUCAUCCAGUCUCUGGACUCAUCUCGACGACAGUACCAGGAGAAGUACAAGCAAGUGGAGCAGUACAUGUCCUUCCACAAGCUGCCGGCUGACAUGCGGCAGAAAAUCCACGAUUACUAUGAACAUCGCUACCAGGGGAAGAUCUUUGAUGAGGACAGCAUCCUUAACGAGCUCAACGACCCGCUCAAAGAGGAAAUUGUGAACUUUAACUGUCGUAAGCUGGUGGCCACCAUGCCACUGUUUGCAAACGCAGACCCUAACUUUGUGACGGGAAUGCUGAGUAAGCUAAAGUUCGAAGUCUUCCAGCCUAACGAUUACAUCAUUCGCGAGGGGACCGUGGGUAAAAAGAUGUACUUCAUUCAGCAUGGAGUGGCCAGCGUCAUUACCAAGUUCAGCAAAGAGCUGAAACUCACCGACGGAUCCUACUUUGGAGAGAUUUGCCUGUUGACGAAAGGUCGUCGCACAGCUAGUGUCCGCGCUGACACCUACUGCCGACUUUUCUCACUGUCCGUGGACCAUUUCAAUGAAGUCUUGGAGGAAUAUCCCAUGAUGCGCCGUGCUUUCGAAACAGUGGCUAUCGACCGCUUGGACCGCAUCGGGAAGAAGAACUCACUCCUGCUCCAGAAAUUCCAGAAGGAUCUGAACGCUGGCGUCUUCAACACUCAGGAGAACGAGCUGCUGAAGCAGAUCAUCCGACAGGACCGAGAGAUGGUGAUGAUGGUGGACCGGAAGCAGUCGGUCACGGGGAUGAACUCCACGCCGAUGUCUGGAAACUCCAUCAUUAACUCUCCCGCCCAGCCACCGUUCACUACAGCGAUCGCUAUUCUUGGGAACAACCAAUUACAGCAGCAGGCCGCCCCACUAAGCUACAGCACCUCUGCCACUAUAACCCCGUCAGGCCGCGUGCCUCCCUCACAGGGCGUCACGUUUUCGGCGCCAAGUGUUUCUCAUGGCAACUUGAGCACCUCUUCCCAGAAUCCUCCUACGCCCUUGCAGCAGCCGGUGGGGGCCAUAAUGUCCCCUUGUUCGUUCACCACAUCCAUUUGCAGUCCCCCAGUGCAAACCCCUAUAGCCAGCCGAACAUUCCAGUAUGGAUCGCCGACGGCCUCUCAACUGUCCCUUGUACAGCAAACCUUACCCCAGCAGCCCUCGCCUGCCUCCAUACCACAACAACCACAGCAAUCACAAGGGGCGUCCCCUCAAAGGAGCGAUGUCCACAAGAGCACUCAGGCACUCCAGUCAGGCAGUCUGAGCAAGGACAUACGCCACCUCUCUGCCUCGCAGCCGUCACUGCCCCAUGACACCUCAUUGGCUGCCCGGGCACAUCCUACAUCGGGCGAUUCGCUCGCUUCCAUUCAGCCACCCAUGGGAUCCGCAGCAGGCGUCCAGGCCCCAGGCGCCGUUCUGCAAAGUGGCAUCCGCACCAACGUUCCACAGAGGGUUGCCCUUUUCCGGCAGAUGUCAUCGGGCGCAUUACCGCCGGUUCGAGCGGUGCCCUCUAGUGCCCAGCACAGGGAUUCCACAGGCUCCAGGAGAGAGUCGGCAGUCUUAAGUAGUACAGAGACGGAACAAGACAAGAUGCGUUUCGCAUCGAAUUUAUGAUCCCGUUUUACUUUUUUUCCAUGUUCAUUUUUUUAAAAGAUAUUUUGAUUGAUUUUUACAGAGAGACUAAACAAUGGGGAAAAGACUUGUAUUUUUUUUUCUCCAACUUCCUCUGAGAAAAAAUUAUAACCUCAUAGCUAUCCUGUACAGAAUUUCCUUGUACUAUAUUUUAGACACACUUCCCCUUCAACUUAAGAAUGUAUAUUAUACAAAUACAUAUAUGUGCAAAUCCAACUAGAAUAUUUGGCAUUGACCAUGUGGAAAAGAAAAAAAAAACUCUAGUAUAAACGCAAGUCUUCCUCUCUAACAUAUUUGACUAUAACGUGUCAGAAGAUGUUCUUUUCUGUUGAUGUUUUUCCUUACGGUUCGGAUUUUCGUUAUCGUUUUCGUUACUGGAAUGCUUUUGAAUGUGUUUUCUUUACCGUUUUUGUCCUCAACGAAAAGAUGACAAAACAAGUCCAGCAUUCAGAAGCUUUUGGCAUCACUGUGGAAAAUGUUUGCGCAAAUCAAACCUGGGAAAUACUGAAAUGUUUAAAAAGCACAUCUAAAAACUUUUAGCGGCUGGAGAAGAAAAAAAUAUCAGAAAAUGCUCGGAGCAUCAGAUCAAGGUGCAGUUUCGAUCUCUGCAAUACUUUGUGUUGUGCAGUAAUUGCGUUGCAUUUCAAGACAGCAUUUGUGCUUUAAAGGGAACCAAUGUAUUGUUUUUGUUGUUGUUUUUUUAUUUUAAUUUAUUUAUUUUUUACAAAGGAUGUGUGGUCAUAAGACGAGAUGGACAUUAUGAGAUGUCACUUAAAGACUGUACAUUUACAAUAUUUAUAAAACUAAAGAUUAUCACCAUUAUGCAAUAGACUGUGAUAUAAAGAUUACCUAUAUGUGUGUUGUACAUAGUUUUGUAGAACUAGUAUUUACAAAAGUAAUGUGUGGUGCAUUUCUCAAACAUGGCAAUGUCUUAUCUCUGUCAGCUGCCUGGGUAAUGCCUAUAUAUGCAUAUAUAUAUAAAUAUAUAUAUUCAAAUGGUAAUAUGUGACAACAAACAUCAGAAACAUUCAUUAGAGAUAAGAAAACCUUAAUGCAAAUAGUAGCAUUACACUGUAGCUAGUAGGAAAGACAAUAACUGCAUUCAAAAAUAUCAUGCUGGUCAAAGAUAAAGGCAUAUGAGUGAUUAUAGUGGCAUGACACCACUAGGGUGGGGGAGGGGGUUAUGCAUCAUCAUCAUCAUCAUCAGCAGCAGCAGCAGCAGCAGCAGCAGCAAAGCUUAAUGCUUUUUGUUACAUCAUCAUUUUAGAAUAUUGCUGCCUGCAUACAUCGAUAGAUAUUUUGUUGUAUAAUGGUUUCAUAUUAAAUAGGGGGUUUUUGUUAGUUUUUUUUUCUCUCACAUGGAUCAGUAUUAAUAGAUGUACACACUACUCCAACUUCAUAAUAUUGCAUAGAUGCAGAUGUUCUGGUUAUGCAUUCCCUUUAUUUUUUUUGCAUUUAAAAACUGUCAAAAACAUUCUAACGUAACAUUUAUCUCUGCAAGAUUUACAAAACACAUAAACCUUAAUGUCUGAGAUAUGAAACGUAAAAAUCCAUAAACCGACGGCACAGCAGACACAACCCAAUUAUGAAAAUGGCCAGCAGAACUAUUCUGGAUGUUUUCAAGAGCAACUAUGUGAGUCCAACAAAGGACAGAUGAACAAAUAUCGACGUUCCAAGAAAGAAAAACAGAAGCUGCUUUGCAUUAAGGUUUUUAUCUCUCCCGUACGUCAAUUCAUCCAGUUUGGGGCUUAAGACUUUGAAAUAGCAUGUCAGUCAUCCAUAUUGGUGGUAACACAGAUUGUAUUAUGGGUAACUAGCAACACUGAUCCCAUCUAUUUUAAUUUAUUCUCUCAAUACCGCUAUUAAAAGUUAAAACAAUAAACUCUUCUGACCUGCGCAAAGUCUCCAAGCCCCCUUGCACAAUGUUUAAAAGAUGACAAUACUCAAAAAAAGACCAAAAAAAAAAACACAACAAAAAAAAAAACACUUGUGUCAGUACUGUACCAGUGCAAAUACAGCGACCAUAAACGCAUGCAUUAUCACAAAUACUUAAAAAAAGGAACUAUUUAAAAAAAACGUUGACGUUUAAAUGUAUUGUGAGAUUAUGUUUUUUUGUUCAUUGUCUGCCUAGACGUUCUCUGUGCGUAUCAGAAACAUUGAAAUUUCACGAAAAGGACAUUCUUAAGUAUUUGUGCCUAAACUAUAGCCAUGUUUCAUCCUGUUCAUUUUAUGAGUGUGACUCAUCCGCGCACACGUGUAUGUAAACAAGUGUAUACGUAUAUGUUCAAUGUUUUCUGAUGAGAACAAAAAGCAAUGGGAAUGGCCAAAUGUGUCGGAGCAAAAGGCCGGGAUUUGCUCGGCGUGUGGGAUUAACAGUAUAUCGAUUCGCGAACAAAUCAGUAUCGGCUGGAAGCAUGAUAGAUCGUUGGUUAAAAGAGUGUGGAACUUUAUAGCCACUGAUGUUGUGUGAAACUGAAACUGGCCAAAGUGAAACAUUUCAAACAAACGUUCAUUGUGAAUUGCACUUUCUGUUUAAAGAGAGAGAGAAACACAUAACAUUUAGUGGGUUAACUAAAGGGGGGGUUAACGGGAGGAGCAGUGUGUUCAAUACAACAAAAAGCGCUUAACUUCUGCUAUGCUAUAGUGUAUAGAAACUAGUGUACAGAUAGGACGGUCAGCGGUACUCUGGGUAUCUGCUUUUUUUGAUACUGUACUUGCCUUCGGAGGGGAAUGCUUCCCAUGUUAAUGUGCUUUUUCCUCUCAGCUUUAAACACUGUAAGAAUUCCGGAUUGGGAAGGAGAGGCGUUCAUACAACAAUAGACUAGGAAAAGUGAAUGCUGUCACUUUCUGAGGAGGCGUUUAAGAAAACCAGCACAUAUUUUCAUAUGUUUGUUUUUUUAUUUGUUUUUAUCAUACAUGUGUUUAUGUGAUGGGAAAUGGACAAUGCAAAAGAAAAAGGAGGAGGGACGUUUAAAUAAAGGGGGAAAACUAAAACAGUUGGUUUGCAGCCUCCACGAUUCAGGUGAAAUCAUUCUGUUUGAUAUGUCCAAUGACGUGAUGCAAAUGACGGAAGAUUCUAGAACAGGCCUCAAGCUCUUCUUAAUCUCAGCAAUUUCUUUUUUUCCAUUAUGCUUGUUCAUGUACACCAGUGCUUGGUUUAAAGAAUAAAAAAAAUCAAAAAUAAAAACUGGGGGGAAAAAAUCAUUCAAUAAAUACUGUAUACAUGAACAAUUAGUUACUUGAUCCUGAAUAAAGAAAGAUCAAUGUAUACUUUCUUACACCUAUAUGCAGACAAACUGUGUUUGUCAAAAAAUUAUUUUGAUUUUGAUUAUGUUUUGUUUUAUUUUGUUUCUUUGUAAAUAAUAAACCUUUAAAAUAUAGAGAGAAAAACAAUUAAAGAACUAUUGCCAUUUA